UAUAACCAGCACUGACAGCCAAAACCCAUCCUGAGAGAGAGGGAUAGAGACUUUCCCCCAAUCAUCCCCACCCCUUUCUUUUUUUCUUGAAGGCUGCACUUUGGAAGAGGUGCAGUCAUUCUUCCCACACCCCCUACCCUCUCUCCACUCCUCCAACUAUAAAUUCCAUUCUGCAGCAUGCUGCCCUUUUUUAAUCCACAUUUGUGUUUCAGAUUAUGUAGAAAAAACAGAAAGUGAGCAGGGAGCUGGGGCUUUUGUCUAUUGUUCUCCUUGUGCUACUUGAGAGAAACUGCAAUCCAAAGACUUAACAGAAUCUAAAAAUGGUUUAUCAACCAAGGUUAACAAUUUGGGUUAGCCAGAAACUCUUUCCAACCAGCCCAGGGAAUGGGGAAUUUCCAAAGGGAUAUCUUCCUAUCUCAAAGGAAGUAAAUCGCAAGAAGAAAAGUGAGGCUGAAGUGGCAUUCCUGACUCCAGUAAAUGGCUAUGGACAUGAUUUCAUCAAAAUCAAUUACCCCUACUCUUUUCAGUCAUAACUCUUCCAUUUGUAUUACAUAUUGUUCUAUGGGUUUGAUGAGGUCAUGGUGUCAUAUAUCAGGAAUUGUUUCUGUGUAAAUCAAGUGUAAGAAGAAACUAUGGGACUCUGAGCCUUGCUUUAGAGAAUAAUAGUGAAAAAAAAGUGUAUCAUAAAAUUAGUUUUUAACAUUCUGACUCAAGUGAAAGCUCUCAGAAUUUCACACUGUGAAUCCAUGUUUACAAACGUUACAAGUGGGCCUUCAGGCCUGGUUCUGCCACAGCAAAGUCUUCCACUACUCAAACUCCACAGCUCACGUGCAACUGGUAAACUGCUCGCCCUCUCUGUUUCCACCAUCCCUAACUGCUUCUUGCAGAGGCUGAGUCCCCCCCUUUUUUUUUUUCAUUUAGAUGCAACAAUCGUAGUAGUUUAUUUUCAUCAAUUGUCUGUAUAUCUCUAUAUUUUAUCCAUGUACUCUUUUGAUGUAUAGAAGUAGCAUGAAACUCAUGGUUUCCUUGUGGUAAGUGAUUGUGAUGCUGCCACAGGAUUUGAGACACUGAUGAAUGGUGCUAUUUUGGACUUUAAAUAUGCUCCUUGGCAAGGUAGCUCUGAUGGUAUUGGGUUUUUAUUUCCAUGUUCUGAGAAGGUGUUGGUACUUUGUUUUUCUGAAUGUUGUUCUUUAGACUGGACUGAUUUGUUUACUUGUGUAUUCAGUGUGGCUUGCUUAUUCAGUGCUGUAGGUGAGUAACUACUUAAAGUGUACAAGCAAGGAACUGAUUCCCUAUCAGGGUACACUCACAAACAUGCAGUUAUAGUGGGAGCAAUCACAAAACUGUAAUUUACUUAAAAUUUCCUUUCUGAUUCCUAGCCACCUAACUUGGAGAAAGACAAGCAAUAAUUUUUCAUCACUUUCAAAAUUUCUUUUAGGUUUUUUUGUCUUUUUUUAAAGCCUUUUUGAAAGAAAGGACAAGUCUUAAUGUCUUCUUCAAAUCCAUAAAAUAGAGGAUAAUAGGGGGAAAGGGUACAUUUCCAAAGUACUGUCAGCAUGUGGAUUUUACUUUUUUGUUCUUGCUCCCAGAGAACUAACAAUACAAAAUGCAAAGCUAAACAGUAUCAUCUACUCAUGGAAUGUUGUUGUGCUAGACACAGUCUGAAAGCCCACCUUAAUUUUUUAGAUAACUCUUGUCUUUUAUCUCUUCCUUUUACAGGGCAAGCUUUGUUCUGGUUUCACUUCUGACUGUUAAAUACCAAUGCAUGCGCUGCACUUCCUAGAUUUCUUUCCUUUCCCCACUUUCUAUAUCCCUCUUCUUGUAUGUUUUAUUUUCCAAUAGUUUAGAUACAUCUACUGUGCUGUAUAUAGAACAAGAAACAAUAUUCAGUAUUUGUAGCAUUUAUGUAUAGUUGCAGUUGUAUACCGCUGAAAAUGCAGGCUUUUGUAACAAUGUGGUCUUUAAUAAUGCACUACAAGUACCCAAUGUAUUUUAGCUAUUUUAGUAGGAUUUGUUCAAUAAAUAUGCAAGCUCUAAA